AUGCCUUCUGCUGCAUCUCGGCGAUUGUAUGAGGAUCAAAUACCUUCUUUUAUGUCAGUUUUCGACCUCGACUCGGAACUCAUGAGUGACCACAGCACAAUAACGGUUGUCGACGCCAAGAUGAUGGAUAUGGAUGCUACACCGCAAAAGGUCCCAAGCCAACAACAGCAACCAUUACAUCCAGCAGCACUUCCUUCAGACCCGCAACAACAUAAACAUCAUGAUAGCACUUCGACGCAAAUGACCGAGUCUAGCGACUCAUCGCCAACAACAACAGCUUCUUGCACCGACUCUUCAUCAUUGUCGGACCAGUCACCAUCUUCAUCCCCCGAUUCGCCUGUCAACUUAAUACCUCUUUCUUCUUUCGCAGGGCCAACAUUCGGUGGCCUCUCAUCCAUGGGUACCUUAACAGUCUCUGAGCCGACAACCCUAGUACGACCCAUGACAUCGCCUGGGCCUAGGCGACCACGCAACAUGAAGGGCCUCUCGAUACAACCUCCCUUUGCCCCCAAUUCACUCGCCUCGACACUUGCUUCUGAGCCUUCCUCUCCGUCAUUUAUCAAGCCUACGAUCCCGGCCAUGAAGCGCAAGCCAAGCAACUUAAGCUUGAAGACCGGCUCUCAUGAUCUCGUCAAGCCAACUCUGAUGGAAAUUCCGGCCUCCCCAACCCUCUCCAUGCCGCCGAUGCUCCAGAGGCGUGCGCUGAAGCACUCGACAUCCUCACCGCAUAUGCUUCAAGGACUGAAGUCGUCGACGUUUGGACCCGCAGGGGGCAUGACGAUACCAACAGUACUGGAGCGAAACGAGUCUGGUCUCUCCGAAUUCUUGCGCCCGUCAAAACCAAACUCGCCGCCCGUAGGCGCUACUGAAGUUAUUCCGGAGGAGGGAUCCCCAAUCAGGGCACAGGUUGCGAACAGGGCAGCCUUCGAUAUCGAGCCCUUCCGUGAGAUUGAGAACAACGAGGACCAGAAAUCGCCUGGCUACCCAGAGGGGCCAAUCGCAAUCUACGAGGAUAAUGUAUUUUUGUACUCGGAGCCCAACGCGGAGGAAGCAUCCAAGUUCGACGUUGUCAUCAACGUCGCCCGAGAGGUGCAGAACCCAUUUGAGGUUGCAGCGAGGAGAGCCAGGGAGAGCGAACAGCUAAAGGAGAUGUCUCCGAUCCCCGAUACGGCCUGCAGCUUUGCGACGGCCUUUGAAUAUUUCCCAGCUCAAGAUGACUCGGCAACACCUACCACGCCAAAGGCGACACCUCCCUUGAAGGAGCCAGAGUACAUUCACAUGCUUUGGGAUCACAACACCGAUAUCGCGCCAGAUCUUAUGGGACUUUGCGAGAUCAUCGAGCGCAGGACCAGGGAAGGAAAAAAGGUUUUGAUUCACUGCCAACAAGGCGCGAGCAGGUCUGCUAGCUUGAUCAUUGCCUACGGCAUGUACCAGAGACCAGAGCUCAACGUCAACGAUGCUUACCACGCAGCCCAAGCCAGGAGUCGUUGGAUCAGCCCGAAUAUGCGCCUCAUGUACUGCUUGCAAGACUUCCAAAAGGAAAACGCCAAGAAGCGGCUUAGUCCAGGUUCAGCUUUUAGGCCGCGUACUGGCAAGAGCCCCACGAAGCACCGCGUGGCGCUCUCUGUAGAUGCCAUCGACUUGCCUGUUCAGAAGGAGCCACUCACGGCACCGCUUCCUGGAGAUGAUGGUGCUACAGACAGCCCCGAACGGAGUCCUCUGAGGCCUCGUGGAAACUCGACUCCCAACCGAGCCGACCCUGUGUCUGCAGGACCAUCUUCCGCACCGUCAAGCUUCUCUUGGUCGGAGAAGGAGGACGAGAAAGACCCUGGCAAAUUCGGUCGAUUCAACGUGGACUUCAGACCAGCCCAACCCGACUCAGGAUUUGUUUCGUCGAGCUCUUUAGGUUCUUCGGCCAUGCUUAGGCCCCCACCCUCGCCCGGGUUCCCAAAGCCCCCUUUGUCGCCCGGGUUUGCACCUAUGAACUUUUCAAGGCCACCUCCCUCCCCGGGGUUCGCUCCUCUACGAUUGUCGAAGACGCCCCCGCCAGCUCCCCUCGGCGGCCUGGCGCCAAUUACUCUAUCAAGGCCGCCACUCUCGCCCGGUUUUGCGCCUGCCGGAUUCGGGAUGCCUCCACCAUCUCCUGGUUUCGGAGCGCACCGUUUUGAAAAAAGGAACAACGGUCCAGGUUUUGGAGGAUUUGGUGGAUUCGUCCCAAUGCACCUGCCUGAAGAGCCAUCACCAGUCGAGGAGGAGCACCAACAGGCAUCCCCCGAGCGGCAUGUUCCGAUAUUACCGGCUGCAACCUUUGAGGAUGACGAUGCGCUCAUGUCACCGAGGGUGGAGACUAUGACGAGCAAUCCGUUACAUGACCCAUUUGGAUCCGACUUCGCCGGCCUGCGGUUGGUGGAGCAACCGCCAACGCCAAACGAUGGGUUAUUCUCACCUCGGGCGACGGUGUUCCCCAGGGACCCCUUUCGUCCGUUCGCUCGCCCAACGCAGGUCGCAGAUCCCCGGAGUCCCCCAACGAAGGGCGAAACACCUAUUGUGAGGUCAAUAGACGAGUUGAUUUGA